AUGGGGUCCCGAUCCGCCGGCGCGAUGCUGUGGCUGCUGGUGUGCGCGGCGCUCCUGUUGGGCUGCUGCCAGGGGAGGUUCGUGGUGGAGAAGAACAGCCUCAAGGUGACGGCGCCCGACGACCUCAAGGGCACCUACGAGUGCGCCAUUGGCAACUUUGGGGUGCCCCAGUACGGCGGCACCAUGGUCGGCAUCGUCGCCUACCCCAAGGCCAACAGGAAGGCCUGCAAGAGCUUCGACGACUUCGACAUCUCCUACAAGGCCAAGCCGGGGGCGUUCCCCACCUUCUUGCUCGUCGACAGGGGAGAUUGCUACUUUGCAAAGAAGGCAUGGAAUGCACAGAAAGCAGGGGCAGCAGCAAUCCUUGUCGCUGAUGACAAAGACGAACCUCUAAUUACAAUGGACAACCCUGAGGAGAGUGGCAACACGGAUUAUUUAGAGAACAUCACUAUUCCUUCGGCGUUAAUAACCAAGAGCUUUGGGGACAGGCUCAAGAAAGCAAUUGACAAAGGUGACAUGGUUAAUGUGAAUUUGGAUUGGGGGGAGGCCCUGCCCCAUCCUGAUGAGCGUGUUGAGUAUGAAUUUUGGACCAACAGCAAUGAUGAAUGUGGCCCAAAGUGUGAUAGUCAGAUUGAUUUUGUCAAGAGCUUCAAAGGAGCAGCGCAGGUGCUUGAGAAGAAGGGCUAUACGGAGUUCACUCCUCACUACAUCACCUGGUAUUGCCCAGAGGCCUUCAUUCUGAGCAAGCAGUGCAAGUCCCAGUGCAUCAAUCAUGGGAGAUACUGUGCACCUGACCCGGAACAGGAUUUUAGCAAAGGAUAUGAUGGCAAAGAUGUGGUGGUCCAGAACUUGCGCCAAGAAAAGAAGUACACAAAGGAGUGUGCUGAAGGGGUUAUCAAGUCGCUUGGCCUUGAUCAUAAAGCAAUAGAUAAGUGUAUUGGUGAUCCAGAUGCUGAUGAGGAAAACCCUGUUCUGAAAGCUGAACAGGAUGCACAGAUUGGCAAGGGCUCUCGUGGUGAUGUUACCAUCUUACCAACUCUGGUAAUCAACAAUAGACAAUACAGAGCUAUACAAACAAAUGAGUGUCUAGAGAACAAUGGCGGCUGUUGGCAAGAUAAGGCUGCUAACAUCACUGCAUGCAAGGAUACCUUCCGUGGAAGAGUUUAUGAGUGUCCAGUUGUGAAAGGAGUAAAAUUUGUUGGUGAUGGCUAUACUCACUGUGAAGCUUCCGGAUCUGGGCGAUGUGAAAUUAACAAUGGAGGAUGCUGGAAGGAUACCAAGAAUGGUCGGACAUACUCUGCCUGUACUGAUGAUGGCUGCAAAUGCCCAGAUGGAUUCAAGGGUGAUGGUAAGCACAAAUGUGAAGAUAUUGAUGAAUGCAAGGAAAAGACUGCAUGUCAAUGCAAAGAAUGCAAAUGCAAAAACACAUGGGGAAGCUAUGAGUGCGGCUGCAGUGGAGGCUUGCUUUACAUGAGGGAGCAUGAUACAUGCAUAAGCAAAAAUGGAGCAUCAGAAGCAGGCUGGGGCUUCUUGUGGGUCGUCUUCUUCGGCCUUGUUGCAGCAGGAAUUGCAGGAUAUGCAGUGUACAAGUACAGGAUCCGGAGAUAUAUGGACUCAGAGAUCCGUGCUAUCAUGGCUCAGUACAUGCCCCUGGACAACCAAGGAGAUGUCCAGAGCCAUUCUCAUCAUAUUGAGAUGUGA